AUGCAGAAGCAUGCCUCUGUCAGAGGGUAUAUCGUCGCCAUCGUCCUCUUUAACUGCAACACAGAAGCAGCGUCCACAAGCAUCUUGAGCAGUACGACGCGUUCAGCCGAGCCCAUGAUGUCAAUCGAAAGUAACCCGCAAGUCAACGAUGGUGUUAAGCGCGGCACCAGUCCCGGUGCAAUCGCAGGUACCGUCAUCGGCAGUAUGGCCGGUGCUCUGGCCGUUGUUGGAGCCAUCAUCUUGGGCUUGAAGAGGGACAAAAAUAUGAGAAAGGGUAAAUCAGGCGCCAGUGACUCUGAAGAUACGCCAGUUUCCGCGCCGGCUGCACCAGUAGCGGUGCAAUAUGACAACGAGAAGUACAGAAGGAGUAAUCUACCGCAGUGGGUCGUACGAAAAUGA